AAUGAAAAGCAAAAACGAAAGAAGGGACAUGCCUUUGUUCUUGAACUCUAGUAUGCAAAGCAGACUAGUGCUCACUGAUGAAAGGAGUAAGCAUGAUGAAUGGUAAUUUUCCACAGAGCUCAGGAGUGGUCCUGGUAAUUUAAUUCCAUAUGAUGUACAUUUAAUAUGUGCUAGGAUUGUGAGAAGUUUAUCCUGUAAGGAUCGACUGGGAAUGCCAAGUUUGACAUAAUGUGGACCUCAUGUAAGCAGCGCUGCAUUUGGCUGGCACCCUAUUUCCCCUGCUUUGGGGGGGCUGAUGGCCAGUCCGUAACGCCUCAACAUGGUAAUCAGCAGAACUGGACUCCUGCCUCCCAUGACACUGAACCCAGUCAGCUAUAUUUGGCUCUAUACGACUAUGACGCUAGGACCGAGUAUGACCUAAGUUUUAGAGAAGGUGACAGACUGCUAGUUUUGGAGAAGUUAAACGAUGACGGGUGGUGGUUUGCAAGAACCCUUCCGGAAAACAACCUGCAUCCAGGGCAGAAGACAGAGGGUUAUAUUCCUGCGAACUACGUGGCACCAAUUCAGACUGCUGAAGCAGAGCACUGGUACUUUAAAGGAAUGAAACGAGCUGAUGCAGAAAAGGUGCUGUUGUCACCUAUAAAUGCACCAGGGUCCUAUCUUAUCAGAGAAAGUGAAAGUCAAAAAGGAGAUUACUCGCUUUCAGGUAUGUGA